CCCACCCCCACCCCCUUCCCCUUUCACCUUUUUCAACCCCUCUACUAUGAUCACCAAAGCCUCCAAACCUUCUUCACGUAAAACUAGAACUAAACGCCGUAAACCCAAAUACUUAAGCCUCCGUCUUCAGCUUAUCACCACCACUCCACCACCAAUGCCCACCACCACCACCACCCACGACCAUGACAAUAAACAACUCAUCAAUCUUUUCCCACUGCACCCCGAAAACCUAGUCGAACAAGAUAAACUAGACGAAGAACAUAACAUGGCCUGUCUAUUCUCGUCUUGUGAUGACGACGGAGCUGCCACCACCCUCACCGGAAUCCUGUGCUCCGACGACGAAGAUGAAGAGAACACCAACAACCCAUCUCCUUCUUCGGUUAACUACGCCGACGAGGAGGUGGAGCUUGUACGGACGGCGAUGAGGAGGAAUAAAACCGAGAGGGAUCGUCAUGAGAAGUGGGUUUGUUAUUCGGAGGUUGUGGAGAAGAAGAAGGUGAUUAGAGGGAUGUCGUCGUCGUCUUCAUCAUCAACAUCAUGUAAUCAUACUAAUCAUCAUCGGAGUAAAUUAGUGUUGAAGCUUGAUUAUGGUAAAGUUAUGGAUUCUUGGGUCAACAAAGGUCCACUUUAUAUACAUAAGAAUUCGGAUCCGGAUACUCCACAACCGCAAACUGUACCCGAUCUUCAAGAUGAUGACUUCUUUUUUCCAUCUUCCACCUCUCUUAAUGGCAUCACACAUGAUGAACGAGACAAUGGUGGCAAUGGAGGGUCAUGGACAGUUCCCGAAAUGACACACAUUGAAAAUACAGACAUUGGCAGAGGAGAGGAUGCAUUACAAGCGGUGGGGUCCAGUGCAAUGAUUCAACAUAGAGAAGCUAGUGUCCAGAGAUACAAAGAGAAAAGACGCAACCGUUUAUUUGCUAAAACCAUUCGUUAUGAAGUAAGAAAGUUGAAUGCUGAGAAACGCCCUCGUAUUAAGGGAAGGUUCGUGAAAAGAAACUGAAUGAGAUACUUUUUAUUAUUUUUCUGAGUUACAAUUUAACUUAAAGACCUCCUUUAGAAUGGAAUUACGUAUUUUGGACAAUGUACAUAUGUAUUUGUAUUUCAAAAUUAAAAUAAUAAUGAAAAA